AUGGCUACAAGAUUUGGUAGAAGAAAAGAUCGCAAUGGGGACGUUUUGCCCUUGUAUGAAACUAAACCAUCACCGCAUCUGGACGAUUUGGAGAGCGUUAACGAAAAUCGAAUUGCAAACUUAACGGGAAAAGUACAGUCUUUGAAAUCGAUGACGAUGGAUAUUGGUACAGAGAUUACUUCGUCUUCAAAGCUGAUGGAUACAAUGAAUGAAUCUUACUUCACUACGCAAAACGCGCUGAAGGGCACAAUGGGACGAUUGAAGAAGGUUUCCAAAAGCAGUGGCAUCUCCAUAUGGACCUGGUUAGCUUUCUUUUGUAUAGUGGCAUUGGUGUUUGUCUUGGUUCGAUAUUAG